CAGGGGAGGCUGAAACCUGUCACCUCACAAGCACGGCAGACAGGCGCAUUUAUCUACAUGAUACAGUCACACAUUUUCACAUGUUGUUCGUUGGCUGUCGUAUGAAGAGGUAGUCAUUUGAUAUAGUUUAUGUUUGAUUUUUAGUCUGCUAAAGUAUUUCUAUUUGAUGUAAUUGUGUAUACAUCAAUAUAAUUUAGCGCCACCACUUGUGGACAUCAUGGUGGUGGGAGUUAACUGUCGCUGAUAGUCUGACCGAUUUGCAACAAUGUUGCCCUCACCUAUCAUUUUGACCAGAUCGGCUAUCCAAUUGGUGUCACACUCACAUUUUUGGAGUCAAGGUCGUCUGUGGUGCCCAUGCCGGAAUGUCUCCGUUAAACCAGGAGGGUGGAAACCGCAGAAGGUUCCACCAAGAUACCUCGGCCAGCUAAGCCCCUUCACUCAUCCACACCUCAUCAAAAAUGGUGAGGUGACCCCUGGCUUAACCCAAACAGAGUUUGAUCUCCGUCGGCAAAGACUGGCCUCUCUCAUCGAGGUUCAGGCAGAUCGGCUGGGACCCACUGCUUCGUCCAACAAACACCUCGUCAUUGUCCUCUCCCACCCAAUCCGCUACAUGACCAAUGACAUCCCCUACCCCUUCCACCAGAACCAGGACUUCCUCUAUCUCACAGGCAUCCUCGAGCCAGACAGCGCCCUGGUUCUGUGUGGUACCGGCCGCCCGGACCAAGCCAUCCUCUUCGUUCCCCGCAGGGACCCGGCCAGGGAGCUGUGGGACGGGCCCAGGUCAGGGAAGGACGGGGCGGCAGCGUUGACGGGGGUGGAGAGGGUCCACUGCACAGAAGAGUUGGGACUUGUACUCAAAAGCCUUAAAGGUAGCACAGUGUGGUAUGAUGGCUCCAAGCCCUGCCACCCUGGGCUCCACCAGACCCAUGUUCGGCCCCUUCUGGAAGGGGGGCCCAUGGUGCGCGCUCUCAGACCCCUUACACACUCCCUCAGGGCCCUCAAGAGCCCAGCCGAGGUGGCUCUCAUGAAGGAGGCUGGUCGCAUCACAGCACAGGCAUUCAAGAAGACAAUGGGUAUGUCUCAAGGAGACAUUGAUGAAGCUCUACUGUAUGCUAAGUUUGAUUUUGAGUGCCGUGCCCAUGGAGCCAAUUUCUUGGCCUAUCCUCCCGUGGUUGCUGGUGGAAAUCGAGCCAAUACACUUCAUUACAUAAACAACAACCAGAUUGUCAAGAAUGGGGAGAUGGUGCUACUUGAUGGAGGGUGUGAAUACUUUUGUUAUGUCAGUGAUAUUACUCGCACCUGGCCAGUGAACGGGAAGUUCAGCCCUGCCCAGGCAGAGUUGUAUGAGGGGGUGUUGGAGGUGCAGAAGGCCUGUCUGUCUCUGUGCUCCCCAGGAGUCAGUCUGGACCACAUCUACAGCACCAUGUUGGCCCUGCUGGGACGCCUACUCAAACAGCUGGGCAUCGUGAAGGGCUCCACCAGUGAUGCUGAUGCACUUAAGGCGGCGCGGCACUACUGCCCCCACCAUGUUGGUCACUACCUGGGCAUGGAUGUGCACGAUACCCCUGAGCUUUCCCGGUCUAAGCCCCUCCAGCCUGGAAUGGCAAUCACUAUAGAGCCAGGGCUGUACAUAUGUGAGGACGAUGACCAGGUUCCUGAGCGAUUCCGUGGACUUGGGGUGAGAAUAGAGGACGACGUUGUGAUUCAAGACGAGAUAAACCCCUUGAUCCUGUCCUCUGACACACCCAAAACCAUUGCUGAUGUUGAAAGAGCCUGUGCACAGAGUUAGGGCUGAGAGAGACUAGACAUGGGGAGGGUGACUGUACACACUCCUAAAAAUGCUGAGUGUGAGCAAGAGUGAGUGUUCAUCCCUCUCAAGAUGAGUGACGGGUCACAUUUCAGUGGGUUCUUCGUCUUCUGUAAAUUGGCGAUUGCACAAUUUAAUGUGCAUCCCGCCACCUACUGUGCGGGAUAGAAGUGUUGGUCCCUUGUUUCAUGAGCUGAAAUAAAAGAUCCCUGAAAUUUUCCAUACACACAAAAAGCUUAUUGCUCUCAAAUUUUGUAUACAAAUUUGUUUAAAUCUCUGUUAGUGAGCAUUUCUCCUUUGCCAAGAUAAUCAAUCCACCUGAAUGUGUUAAAUAUCAUGA